AUGGCAGAUCUUGAAGGACUACCAAACCCUAGAGAGCUACGGAAUGGCAGUGCUGCUCUAAAGUCACGCAUUCCUCAAAUGGUUACUCAAACACUGGGUUUUGGCCAAAAACAUGAUGCAAUUGUUGAUGUACCGUUGGAUUCAAUGAUUGAUCCUAAGAAAAAGGAGAAGGAACUUGCAGCUUGGGAAGCAAAUCUAAAAAGGAGAGAACGUGUUAGUUUUGCAUUUCAUUAUCAAGAAUAUACUUGCAACUAUAUUUAUAUACUUGUUUUCAAUAGUGCUGAUGCAUGCUAUAUUUUUCAAGAAAUUAAACGAAGGGAAGAUACUGUUUCCAGUGCUGGUGUCCCUUCAGAUGAUAAAAACUGUCCUCCAUGUUUCCCAAUUAUUCAUCAUGAUAUAGGCAAUGAAAUUCCUGUUCAUGCUCAGAAGUUGCAGUAUUUGGCUUUUGCAAGUUGGUUAGGCAUAGUUCUUUGCCUUGUAUUUAAUGUUAUUGUUGUGAUAGUUUGUUGGAUUAGAGGUGGAGGUGUAAAAAUAUUUUUCCUGGCAAUAAUCUAUGCUCUACUUGGAUGCCCUCUUUCAUAUGUCCUAUGGUAUAGGCCACUUUACCGUGCAAUGAGGUUAAUCUUGAAUACCUUGGACGGGUUGUUUUCUACACAAAUGGCAUUCUGUACCCUGAUAGCGUGGUUGGAACUGAUUCCCAUACAACUAUGAUUGCUGGCUUAGGAGUUGCUGGCUGGGGAGUUGGAGGAAUUGAAUCUGAGGCUACAAUGCUUGGCCAGACAUGCAUGAAAUGGGUAGCUGUUUUCUCUUCUUUUUCCUCCAAAGGUGCAAAAGAAAAUGCAGCCUCUGUUUCUCUAAAACCUGCUGCUGCUGGUGAUAGUAACUGCAAUGUAUGUACU